UCUUAGUGAUGAGCUGAUGUUGACUUCCAGCGUUGUUUUUUUUUAAUCAGUAUUUUCUGUGUCCCCGUAGAUGGACGGAACACUUUGAUUCGGCGCCAUCCUCAAGUACACGUUCAAAUUGACAUUUCAUCGGAGAGUUAGCUUCUCUUCACACGCUAAAGAUGCGCAGCGCACGGAGCCCCCCGUCCAUCUCGGCCACCCCACCGGGGGACGCGCCGGACCUCAGCUUGUCCGGCUCGCGGCUCUCCUUCGUCUCCGAGAGACCCGGCGGCUGCGGCGACUCGCCCGGGAAGUUCUUGGCCCGCUCCGUGUCCGUGUCGGCGCCGUGCGAGCUGCGAGGGAAACGCAACACCUCGAGCGACGCCUCGGGAAGCUCUCGCUCGGUCAAGAACCUGCGGCGCUCCAACAGCGCCGCGCACGUCGACCGGCAGGCCGACGUCGCGCUCAGUCCCGACCAGAGCGGCGAUUACCUGACCGCGUUGGACAGCGGCGUCGACGGCCCAAAGAAACCGGACGGAACCACCUGGAACAUCUUGGACGAGCGGCCUCGGGCGCCCGCCGCGCUUUACGGCGCGCGCCGCGGCGCCGGCCCGGACCCGCCCGCCGGCUCGAAGGGACGAGACUCCGCCGCGUCCUUCACCGCCAACAACAGGAGCAACAAGGGCGCCGUGGGGAACGCCGUCACCGCCAUCCUGCACAACAACCACGGCGAGAAGCCGCUGACGCCCAAAAGCUCCAACCAGAGGCCGCCCUUCAAGUACGUACUUCCGCCCCCGGACGGCCACGCCUUCCGUCUGCUCCGCCGCGUGCCGCGGGACUCCCGCUGCGUUUCUUUCAGCAACAUCUUGAAGGCCAACGACGACGUCUCUCUCGAGAGCGCCUCCCUCACCAAGUCCCAGAAGAACUUCUCUUCCGCGUCGUCCAACGACAAAAGUCCGGCCGGGCGAGGUCGCCCGCUCCCGCGGCGCCGUGAACAAGUCUCUGAGCAGGAGGCGGAGAGGUUCAUCCAGCAGGUCAACCGGGCGGCCGUCACCAUCCAGCGCUGGUACAGACGGCACGCCGGGAGGCGCAGCGCCAACCGGGCGGCACUGCGACACAUCCUGGACAGCAAAAGAAAGGAGUGGCGGGAGCGAGCGGAGGACGAGAGUCGCCCGGAGCCGCCCCGAGACGACCGCAAGCUGAUUCGGGAAGAAAAAGCUCACCGGGCGCGCUUGGCUGCUAUCCAGGAGCUGCAGCAGAAAAGAGCCCAUCAUCAUCAGGGCGCGGAGGCGGAGCAUCGGCGGCCAGGCAAGAAGUCGCCCAAGAUUUUCUCAAGCAACACCGUGCCAACCUCACCUGGCGGCAACGUCACAACUGCCAUCAUGUCGCCCACGCACGCCAAAGCCAACAACACAGCAGACUUGAGCGAAGUGAGCUUCAGGGCGGCCUCUCCGACGUCGUCCAACAACAGAGCCUCGCCGUGUGCGCAGGAGCGCGACGCCGUUGCCGUGGAAGAAAAUGUCGGCUCGGUGCAGCAUCGGGACAACGACGGGAAGUGGACACGUCAGGCGAGACCUCGCUUGUCUCGCCUGACGAUCCCCGAGCCCGACACUUGUGACGUUGUCACAAGUAUGCUGAUUGGUCCAAUGGCGCCCCCUGUUGGCGGUGUUCUGUCGGACCCGCAGCGAGUCGCGCCGCCCGAGCCGGAAACCCCGAGGCCGACCUCGAGCGGCAAGUUUCCCCCGAGUCCUCCUUCGCCCAGGAACAUCAGCCCCGUGUCGGCGGCCGACGUCAAGGCCAAGAAUACAGAAUCCGGGCUGAACUUUGCGCCCGACGUCUGCGAGCUGUCCUGUUUCCGAGCCGUUUCGCCGUCCUUGUCCAGUUGCAGAGGGUCUCAAUGCUCCCAGGAGCUUCGUCGCAGGUAUUUGAGCGGCGGUGACGACCGAUCCUGCGUGGCGUCGAAGUCCACCCUCAACGACCUGCUGGACACGCUCAAACUGCUGGAGGAGGAACCGCAGCGCCUCACCGAGCCCAAGUGUUACAACAAAGACAAAUACGCUUGGCUCGACGAGGACGUCGAUGCGGACUCUCUGACGGCUGACAACCUGGAGCGUCACGUCCGGCUCAGCCUGCCGGCGCCUGCGGACGGAGCGGCGCUGCUGUCGGAGGCCAAGCUGCAGAGCAUCAUCAACUUCCUGGAUGAGAUGGAGAAGUCGGAGCAGGAGCGCCCGCGUUCGGCCACCUCGCACAGAGAGGCGCCGUUCUUGGAGGAGGAGGCGGCGCCCGUGGCGGACCAGGCUUCGGCCACCGCCGCCCAAGUGUCUGGAUCCAUCAUGAGGAUCAAGAUGGAGCUGGAAGAGAAGAAGCGUGUGGUGGAAAUGCUGCAGAACGCGCUGGCCCAGCAGAGAGAGCUGACGGUGCAGCACGUGAAGGAAACGGAGAAGGAGCUGAGCCGAAACCUUCAACUGCAGAGGGACCAGUACGAAGCUACGGUGCAGAGACACCUCGCCUUCAUCGACCAGCUGAUCGGCGACAAAAAAGCUCUGAGCGAGCGAUGCGAGGGCGUCAUCGCCGAGCUGAAGCUGGUGGACCACAAGUACACCAAGAAGAUCUCGCAGAUGCAGGAGCAGCACGAAAUGGUUUGGCAAAUCCUGGGUCCGCUGUGCGAGGAGAUCAAGAAGCUGAAGGAGCUGAUGAGCGUCACGGAGAAGAUCCGGCGGGAGAAAUGGAUUGACGAGAAAACCAAGAAGAUCAAAGAGAUUACGGUUAAAGGUUUGGAGCCCGAGAUCCAGAAGCUGAUCUCCAAGCACAAGCAGGAGCUGAAGAAGCUGCGCGCGCUGCACGAGGCCGAGCUGCUGCAGGCGGAGGAGCGGGGAGCCGAGCGCUGCGCCCGGCAGUGCGAGGAGCUCCGGCAGCAGCUGGAGAGCGAGAAAGAGGAGCGCUGCCGCGAGGAGCGAGAGUCGGCCCGCCGCGGCUUCGAGAAGCGGCUCCGCGACGAGGAGAUGUCCCUGCAGCGGCACAGGAGACGCGUCCACAAGGAGGUGGCCGACGAGAAGGAGCGGCUGGCGCAGAUGGCGGUCAGGCAGCGAGCGGAGAUGGAGGAGCUGCGUCGGCGCAUGGAGGAAAACUCCAGCGUGGCCGGACGGGUGUUCAGGGAGGAGCUGGACAAAACCAGAGAGGAGCAGGAGAGGAGACACCAGGCGGAGAUAAAGAAGCUGCAGGAGCAUUUCGAGCAGGAGAAGAUGAACUGGGAGGAGGAAUACAGGAAGAAACAGGAGGUGGGGCUCUUGAGGCACGAGCGCCAGCUGCGAGAGGAACUGCGGCAGGAGCGCGACAAAGAGAUCCAGCUCGCUAUCUGGACGCUGGAGGAGGAGAGCAACAAAGACAAGGAGGAGUGCGAGAGGGCCGCCCAAAACAGGUCAGUGCUUUUGAUAGUGUUUAGGCCAGCAGAGAAGACUCUGAAAGCCCUCACUGCACUCCACCGCGUUUGCCGGACAUUUGUCCGUCAUCUCGCGUCCGUCGCCGCCGGCAGGCUGAACCGCGUGAGGGAGACGUACGAGGCGGAGCUGAAGGAGCUGGAGCGUUCCCUGAGGGAGGCGCUGGACAAGCAACAGGAGCUGAGGAAACAACACACGGACACACUUCAACAGCUCGACGCCGUCAAGGACGUGCUGCGGCAGAAGGAGCAAGACGUGCAAAUGGUCACUCAAAACCGGGACCGGCUGCUGGAGGAGCGCCACGGGCUGGCCUCGGUGAUCCGGCAGGAGUUUAGCGCGCGUCUGCUGCUGGCCGAGGAGGAUGCGCAGAGGACCAGGCUGGAGGCGGACGAGGUGCGGGCCGCGCUCCGGGCGGAGGUGGACAGGAUGACCAAGGAGAAGGAAGACGAGCUCCAGCAAGUGCACCAGCGAGUCAAGUCGGCCAUCUUGAAGAAAGACGAGGCGGUCGACGCUCUGCGGAGGCAGCACGAGGCUGCUCUGAAGAGGGCGGAGCACCUGGAGGCCUUGUGGGAGGAGCAAAGGAGGCAGCUGCUGGAGAAAUGACCACAGGACCGCUAACGAACCCCCCACCGCAAACUCUGAAGUACUUUGCCUUGUCCAGCCGCCCCUCAGAGACCCCCCCCCCCACACACACUCACACACUUGUGACACUGAAGGAACUCAGUGGGUUGAAGUGACUGACUUAGUGACACGACAGCUUUAAGUGACUAAUUUAGAGACUCAAAGUGACAAAGGGGUUUAAGUCCCUCAGUUGAAGCGGCUUCAAAGACUUUCAAGGGGUUGAGAGUGACUUAGCGACUUAGAAUGAUUUUAGGGUGACUUAUAGUGACUUAGUGAAUUACUUGGAGUAAAUUAAGGGGGUUUAAAGGGGCUUAGAGUAACUUAAUGACUUACUUAGAGUAACCUGGUAGCCUGGAUGACUUAGUCAUUUCGUGAAGAAUCUGACUUAAAGUGGCUGAAAGGGAGCCAAAAAUGAAGAAAGUGACUUAGGGGGGUUUAAAGUGAGUUGAAGGGAAUGACUUGGAGUGACUUGAAAAUGACUCAAGGGCGACUUUGGGUAACUUAAAGUGGCUGAAGUUGAAUCUGUGAAGUCAGAAGUGACGUGAGGGACCAGCUGGAACCUACUAAUAAGAUUUUGCCGCUGCCCAUACUGGCCCCUCCCCCUACAGAGCAAGAAUGCCUCCAUGUUCUUUUCCAGAUGUUUCUGGGAGCAGCCCGGGCAAGCCUGCACCUCGGGGGCGGGGGCGGGGGCGCUACUCAGGGUGACUCAUGUGUUUUGUCCCCCGGGGGCGAGCGGCAGCACUCGAACGGUGUGAGGGGGGAGAAAGAAAGAGAAGAGGAAGAAAACGAAAGAAAGAAGGACGCAAAUAGAGUAAGUUGACGUGUGUUUUGAGGCCGCCUUCAAGCCAUGCAAGCGAGGAAAAAGAAGAUUGGAAAAAAGUGAGCAAGCGAGGGGGGUGGGGGCUUUCCAACGAGGACAGUCGUCAGAUCAUGUGACUUUUACAACGCGAGCAAGCGGUUCAACAAACAUCUGAACGAAGGACAGCGGGACGCGAGCCGACGUGUACUUAUUUUCACGAAGCCUUCCUGCGGUUUUCCGGCUGCUCCUGUAACAGAAACAACGUGACCGCGAGGAACAUUUUUCUGCGGUCGUCCCUCCCCGGCCGGCCACGGCGUCGUGACAUGCGAAAAGGGAUAUGGAGAUCAAACCUGACUCGAGCUCACUUGAACUGGGCCGAAUCGAUUUGGACACAUCGCAAACUGCAGUUACAGAAAUGUGCAGAUAUCACACAAAUUCCCAUCGCUGUAUUAGAAAUCAUUUUCCAAAUCAAACAUCCUUCCCAGGCGGAUAAUCAACCCAAUUUUUGUGUUGAGUCACCAAAUGGUGCCACGCCGCUGUUUUAAAGCACCUCGACGCUACUCGGCGGUGGUGGUGGUGGUUGUUGUACUUCGGAGCCGCCCGGUGCUCUCCGGCAGGUCAAAGGGGGGACGGCCGAAGAGUGGGCGGAACCAAGCCUUCCGAGUCUCGUGACCCGCUUUGCUCCGGAGCGCCUCUCGUCUUUCGGCGGAUUUCCUUUCUGCGGCCCGCAAACAAAAGAACCUCUAUCGACGCUUCUCGACGACACUUUGCCCCCGAGGGGGACUUUAUGGCAAAGAAUCCUGUGAAGUCCGCGAUGUAUUCGUCCAUAUCGUGCAAACGCAUUCAUAAAGACACCAUCAAAAUGAGGAGCAUCAAUUAUUUUGCAAAAAUACACAAGCAUUAAAAGAUUUGUAUUACAUUA